AUGUCGAGUUUUAAAACAAUUACGGAACGACCCCAGGCAAGUAGGAUAGAUCGUCCAAAAUCUUGUGCUGAAGAAACUUCAGUCAGUCCCAUGGAUUCUGGGGGGCACAAAAAACCGACAAGCAAAUCAAGUAGAAACACUAAGAUCUUUAAAAUCAUAACCUACAAUGUAAGAACAUUAUCGUCAAGUAGUAAACUUCUAGAAAUGGAAGAGGAGAUUAAGGACAUAAGCUGGGAUAUAAUCGGUUUAUGUGAAACAAGAAGAAAAGAAGAACAACUUCUUAAAUUGAAGUCCGGACAUAUAAUCGGUUUAUGUGAAACAAGAAGAAAAGAAGAACAACUUCUUAAAUUGAAGUCCGGACAUCUCUUUUAUCAAAAUGAAAAUCCCAACAGCCCUGACGGUGGUAUAGGAUUCUUAAUAAACAAACGACUUGAAAAAUCAAUAGUCACUCUAAAGACUAUAUCAGACAGAGUGGCAUAUAUAACACUUUCCAUAAGUAAAAGGUAUGAAAUUAAAAUUAUUCAAGUAUACGCUCCUACGACAGCCCACACAGAUGAGGAAGUUGACAUCUUCUAUGGUGACAUAGAAAAAGCACUUAAAGAGAAUCGAUGCUACUAUACUUUUAUUAUGGGGGACUUUAACGCCAAAAUUGGAAAACAAACAGAUAUGUCGGAGGUGGCAAUUGGAAGCUUUGGAAUAGUUGGUCGAAAUGAGAGAGGACAGACAUUGAUAGAUUUCCUGCACAAUCAAAAGUUAUAUGUAAUGAACAGCUUCUUUCAAAAGAAAUUGCAUAGACGAUGGACUUGGGUAAACCCAAAUGGAAGAACAAAAAAUGAAAUAGACUUCUUUAUCACGACGCGGAAAAGAUUUGUCACAGAUGUUACAGUUCUAAAUAAAUUCGGUAUAGGGAGUGAUCAUAGAGCUGUAAGAGCAACUGUAAGAAUAAACGCCAGAAAUGAACGACAAAAAAUGAUAAGAAAGAAACAACAAAUAAAGAGACUAGCUGAUGGGAAAAAGGAAAUCAUCAAACUCAAGGAUAACAACAAAAAAGAAACAAACAAUAGGAGAGAAUUGGUAAAAAUUGUAGAAGAAUUCUACAAGGAACUAUAUAGGAGCAGAAGAGAAGAAUUAAAUAUUACAGAAAAUAAAAUGAAAGUCGUAAACCAAGGUUCAGAACUUGUACUCGAAAUAACAAUUGAAGAGUCAAAAAAUGCCCUAACGGAAAUGAAAAACAAGAAAGCGGCAGGAGAAGACCAAAUUGUGAUAGAAGCUGUCAAAGUUGGGGGGGGAAAUCCCGGAAAAGUGGAGAAAUGCGACGAUAAUUCUCAUCCACAAAAAAGGGGAUAUAACGAACCUUGA